AUGCUUGAGCGCGCUUCGACAUGCCUUGAAUCCGGCGGCCGCCAGCUCCUUCGUGCACCCAGACCAUGUCUGCCCAGUCGCCGCAAGCUGCACUCGACCUUCUGGCACCACGGUGCGAGCGACCUGUGCUUGCCGCUAUGGUGGGCCAUCAGCCCUACGAGCAACAGUGGCACAGACCAGCCGGCCGCGAGCAGCAGCGACGGCACGCCGCUGGAUUUCCUGUAUCCAGAGAAAAGCCUCGCUCUGCUGAGGAAGCUCUCGGUGCGAGGUGAAAUCGUAUCAGAAGCGAGACGGCGCCAGCUGCAACCCUCGACCGCUCGCACUUUUGUUACAAUCCGCCGUGUGAAGCCCAUGGUAGGGAUAGCCGAGCUGGAGACGAGAGAAGAGGUAGUCGACCCGGCAGAAGCGAAGGAUGCACAGCGGGAGAUGCACGAGCGCCUGCAGUGCUCGUCUGCGCACGAUGCCCUGGCCGAGCUGUUGCGCAGGUUGGAGCCAGGGAAGCAGGAGCUGGCCUGGCAACUCUACCUGGCUCUCUCUGACAAAGGACCCUCUGCUGUCACCUCGGCGCUGCGACUGACUCUCCUCGAAUACCUUGUCGCAGACAACGAGCCGGCAGUGCCUACUCGUGUCAUCAAAAUAUUCAACGCCAUCCCCGAGACUUCUCGUACGGCCUCGGCAUAUCGAGCCGCUGUUAUAGCGUGUGUUGCUCUUCGAGAGACGGGAACCGCUAUCAAUCUGCACCGUGAAGCUGCUCGAGAAGGCAGAUUCGUUGCACGCGAGGAUGAUGUGGUCGACAUCGGCACCGACGUUCUUCUUCGGCGGCUCGUGGCCGACGAGCAAUGGGAACUUGCACUGCGCGUGUUCAGGGCGUAUAUUACCGAGCAUCGAUUCAGCAUCAACGGUCAGAGGACCUUGUAUCGCAUCCGCUGGGGAGAGGCCACACUGCCAGAAAUAUGGACUGAAGCCUCUCAACUGCCAGAGAUCAAAGAGCACGUACAGUCCCUCCUGCUGUAUGUUCGUCAACACAAGGAUGAGCUCAUAUCGACGCCGAGGAGAAGAGCCGUCCUGUACACUUUUGUUCAGAGCUUCCUGCCCCAUGUUAUGGACCGGGUUCUGCAUGUGCGCAAGCCAAACGAGGACAACAUAUGGGAUUGGUUCACCAAACUCUUCGACGACCUCCACGCGCACAAUCUGCCUGUCGACGCCAGCUACAACUACGCCCUCACCACGAUGCUCAAACUCGAUCGAUACCGUCAAUACACGAACAAGCGGAAGCUCCAUCUUGAACUGUAUCGCAGAUAUCGACAGUGGUAUCUCUACGAUCGUGUAGAUGAUCCGGACUUCCGAACGCGUCCACCUCAGCUGCCCAUGCUGUCGGGAAUCCUCAACAGCCAUGGCAGCCACGGCAGUCUGCACCGCGUCAACGACAUGGUGAAUGACAUUCGUACUUUCUACCCCGGCAAACCACUUCCGCUCAACGUCCUGCAAGCUUUGCUGCUCAUCUAUGCCGAACACGGCGAAGUCGAACGUGUCCGGGAGUAUUUUGAUGAACACCGCGCAAGUUAUGGCACCACAGUAGAACACAAGCAAGCCAAUAGUCUUCUGUUCGUCCAAGCUCGACGCGCUAACAUCCCUGGAGCGGUGGCCGCGUUUCGUUAUAUCAGCGAGGAGCUCGGCUUGACGCCUGACGUACAGAUGUGGAACACACUGCUUCUCACAUACAUUCGUGCGGACGAUCUCGAUGGCGCGCUUGAAACAUUCAACAAUGCCUUGGACGCCGGUAUGGAGCCAAACGUACAUACAUUUGGGCCCAUGCUCGACAUGUGCGCGAACAGAGGCGACAUCGAAGCAUUUGAAGCGCUGUUUUCGAGAGGAAAGCAGAUGGGCGUCCAUCUCGAUAAGGAUGUUCGAGCCCGAUCGGGCUACGUGCAGGCGUUUUUGAAUGCUGAAGACCCAGAAGGAGCAGAGCAGAUUGCGCAGGACAUGCUCAAGCAAUGGAAAGCAGGUGUGCUUACCGGACACCCACUCACACACACCUGGAACAUCAUGAUUCAGUACUAUGCUCUGAGAGGAGAUGUUGGCAACGCCAGGAGGCUGUAUCAGGAGAUGACCGUCAAUCAGAUCCCUCUUGACAACAUAACAUUUGGCGGCCUGAUGCGAUCGCUGGUCGAGAUCAGGCAGACGAAUGCUGCGUACAAGAUUCUCAGAAAAACCCUACCGGCCAACAACAUGCGUGUGGAGGCCAUUCACUACGCAAUCGUCAUGACUGGCUUUCUGAGAGAAGGGCAGUAUGAUCUGGCUUUGCACGCCUACGAACGCAUGGUUGAACGAGGCGUGACGCAAACCAUGAGUUCGCGCCAGGCAUCCAUCAACACAGUCGGCAUGUCCGAGCUCGUCAGACUGAUGAAGGCCAAGAACCGCAACCCUCGGCAGCAUCUGAGGCAUGUGGAAAGACUUCUCCGCGACAUGCUGUCAAGUGGCGACGUCGGACGCGACAUGGCCCAUCGUCAGCCGAACCUCAACCGCUACAUUGACGUGCAAACACAAUCUGCCGUCCCGGCAUCCUACUACGGACUGCUCAUCACCCUCUACAACACCCGCGGCGCCUACGAGAUUUGCAAAGACCUCGUUUCCAAGGCCGAAGCCGACCAGGACUCCUCUGGGUACGAUGCUCCCAUCACCUUUCUCACCGCGAUCAUGGAAACACACUACCGCGCUGGAGAGUGGGACGAAGUAGCAAAAUGUUGGGACCUCGCUCUCUCAUCUGCUUCCAGGCUGGUCAAGACGUUCCAGCAGGUCAUGAACCCAGCCCCCGAUCCUCCAGAAUCUCCUUCACUCACUGACGGCACGGUCAUUCAACGUUUCGAAGAAUCCCGCAUCGCAAUGAACCGACGUCAGGUUCUCACAAAAGCAACCCGCAUCUACAUUCGGUCGUUGAUCAACCGCGAAGAUCCCGACGGCACGCUGCUCCAGCAAGCCCAAGUCGCCAUCCGCGACCUCCUCGUGAAUGGCUUCGUGCUCGACAACUUUACCUGGAACGAGUUCGUCGUCGCGCUCGCCGAGAAGAAGCAACUCCUAUCCGCCUUUACCAUUGCAGAAACCUAUCUCAUGCCCCGCUUCCCCGGGUGGCGCAACCUCACGCCCUUCUACGUGCGUCACGACAGGAAGGGGUAUCAAUGGAUGGAGUUGCGACACUACGACAUCAAGCGCAACAGCGUGCUGCCCAGAUACAAGACGCUGGUGGUGCUGGCCAAGGCGUUUGGCGGCGUCAAGGAGGACGAGAUGAACGGCCUGGGAUACAUUGAGAAGGAAGGCAAGUGGGCGCGGGAGCUGCUAGAGCUCAAGGCGCCACAGGUGUGCAGGGCAGUCGAGACGAUGCCGCGAACAAGCGACACGAUGCAGGAGCGGUAUUUUGGCGCCCAGAGAGUCAUGAAUAGCUAG